AUGUCGGCCUCUCAUAGACUCAGUGCUUGUGUUCAGAGAUUGCAGCUACCGAAAUCGCAUGAUAAUACCGUACUGUACGGUGUUGGUGGAGAAAAACCAAAUUAUACUAAGGGAAAGGUUCAACUGGAAAUAUUUGCUGAAAAGCACAACAGGACACUUUUGGUUAAAACUUAUUGUUUGCAAAAUCUGACCCAAUACCUUCCUACUGAUACUAUCAGGGGCAAAAGUUUGGAUUAUUUCCGAAAUCUUCCUCUCGCGGAUCCAGCAUUUCAUCAAAGGAAUCGUAUUGACAUCAUUUUGGGAGCAAACGUAUUUCCACAUUGCAUUUUAGACGGGCAACAUACACACCCAAGUGGAUCUCCCAUUGCUGUGAACACAAUUUUUGGAUGGAUUGUUAUGGGAGAUAUAAUUGAACAGCCGGUACGAUCGACAUUUGUGGCUCAUGUGUAUCCAAGUUUGGACAUUCAUCUACAGAAAUUUUGGGAGACUGAGGAAUGUAUUCUUCAAGGUAAGAUUGUUAGCCCUGAUGAGGAAAAAGCCGAAAAACAUUACGUGGAUACUGUUCAACGACUAGAUGAUGGAAGAUAUAUGGUGAGGCUACCAUUUAAAAACGAUUCUAUAGAACUUGGGGAAUCUAAACUUGCGGCAAUAAAGAGACUUCAAUCUAUGGAACGGAAGUUUAUGAAGAAUGAAGAUCUAAAAGUUGAAUUUCUAAAGUUCAUGGACGAGUACAAGGAGCUGAACCAUAUGGAAGCUACAUCAAAUGACGUCAAAGCAGCUUAUUAUAUGCCUCAUCACGCCGUCCUAAAGCCAACAAACACUACCACCAAGCUACGUGUUGUGUUUGAUGCUUCGUGCAAGAGCUCAAACGAUUUGACUGUUAAUGUCGAGAAAAUGUAUCGACAGGUGUUGAUACACCCGGAAGACAGGCCAUACCAAUGCAUCUUAUGGCGAAAGUCACCAUUUGAAGAACCUGAAACAUACAAGCUUCGAACUAUUACUUAUGGAACUGCCGCAGCACAAUUCUUGGCAACACGUACCUUGAAACAGGUUGCAAUUGAUAACUCUACAACACAUCCAGAUGUUUCAUAUGAAAUUGACAACAAUUUUUACGUUGACGAUUAUAUGUCCUGUGCCCCAGACAUUGAAACGGCGAACUCAAUGCGCGUAAGUUGGGAUCAGGAUUUGCCCAGUCCUCUAAAGAAUGAAUGGCUUAAUCUACAGAAUGAUAUGCAGCACAUCAAAGAUUUAAAAAUACCUAGAUGGUUCAACUUUCAGAUGGGAGAUAUUAUAGAACUCCACGGGUUUGCUGAUUCUUCACAACUGGCGUAUGCAGCUUCUAUAUACAUACGUAUAAUUAAACAUAAUGGUACUAUAUCGACUUGUUUGCUGUCAUCAAAAACUAGAGUAACUCCUAUAAAACAGAUAAGUUUACCACGUUUGGAACUUUGCGCUGCGCAUCUUAUGGUAAAGCUUAUGGCCAAGAUAAAGAAUACAUUUGGAUUCCACGACGUGCCAACCUAUGGUUGGACUGAUUCAACAGUAGUUCUGGCAUGGAUCAGUGAUCAUCCUGUUAGAUGGAAGACUUUUAUUGCGAAUCGUACAUCAUACAUUAUCGACAAAUUACCCGCAACUCAAUGGCGACACAUUUCACCACAAUUUAACCCAGCGGAUUUGGCCACUAGAGGCGUUUCAUCUUCCGAUAUUAUGGAUAAUAGAUUAUGGUGGCAAGGCCCACCUAUUCUUCAAAAUCCUACGCUUCCUUGUCAAUCAACAGUUGAAAUGGAUGAUGAUACAGAUUUGAAACGAAGAAAGAACAUUUCUACAGCAAUUGUUCACAAUGCUGACGAAUUUAAUAUUACCGAUCGUUAUUCGAAUUUCAAUAACCUACUUAGAAUCAUGGCUCUGGUUCUAUGUUUUAUUAACAACUGUAAAAUUAAAGACGACACCUCUAAACGAAUUCGAGGGUUCAUAACUACGGCAGAACUUCAAGCUGUUCACUUAUCAUUGGUAAAAUUGUCUCAAGAUAAUUUCUUUUAUAAUGAAAAACGUAUUUUGGCUACCCAAGGAUAUAUUUCAAGAACAAAUAAACUAGCUGAGCUUACACCUUUUUUGGACCCUCAAGGUAUAUUGCGUGUAGGAGGCCGUCUCGAAAAUGCCCGAAUAAACUACGACCAAAAACAUCCAUUCAUACUUCAUGCAAAUGAUCCUUUAGCUUCUCUUAUCGUAAGACACUAUCACCUACAUCAUCUUCAUGCCGGCACUAGGCAGUUACAGUACUUGUUAAGUUUAAAAUAUUGGAUACCAGACGUCAUUUAUUUUAUCAAAGGAACAGUUUAUAAAUGUACCACUUGCAUGAGGUUUAGGCAAAUCUAUCGUGUACAACCGUGUCCAACUUUUGAACGAGUGGGAGUUGAUUUUGCCGGACCAACAUUGGUAAAAUCCUGGAAAGGUCGCGGUUCCAAGAAUUAUAAAUGUUGGAUUGCCCUAUUUGUUUGCCUAAGUUCUAAGGCAAUUCAUCUAGAAGCAGUGACGGAGCUUUCUGCAGCAGCAUUUAUGGCAACGACGGUUUGUAUCAAGACGUGGUAA